GAUGAUGCUGUCAGUGAAAGGAGGAGGGAGAGGAUUUGGACUAUCAGGACCAAAGAGCUGCGCUCGAUCCCAUGUGUCUGGAAGAAAGAAAAUCAUCCGUACACAACGGGAUUAUGAGCUCCUUCUAGAGUAAUUCGUUUAUUAGGGUCACCCUGAAGUUAAACGUGCGCCAGUGGGAUUAUUUUCAGUCUUUUUUCUGGAAAUAAUGCUUCCCUGCUCAUCAUCCGCGCAGGCGGAGGGAUGCGAGGAGGAGAGCGAAGCACACAUGGAAACAGAGUGCAACAGGCUGACUGAGGAGAGGGACGAGGCGCAGAGGCAGCUCAAACAUAUCAAACGAGUUUCUCAGAUGGUGAUUGAGGAGGUGGGCGUUCUGCAGACUCAGCUCGAGAUUGAGAAGUCUUGUCGAGAGAAUGCAGAGGCCCUGGCCACGAAGCUAAAUUGUGAGAACAGAAAAUUGAAGUACCUGAGCCUCUCGUCUCGGCCUUGUUUGGAUGAGCUGCUGCCAAGCAUCUCUGACUGCAUUGCGCUCGAAGCUGACGGAGACUCUGCAGAUUCAGUGGGAAACAGUCCUGACACCUUCUCUCAGUGCCAGCAACAGGUUAAAGAGUUGAGAGAGACGGUAAACGGUUUACUGGAGGAGAAGAAAGGUUUUGUCUGUCAGAUUCACGAACAGCAGAGGCAGAUCGAGGAGUUGACCACACAGUCUGAGAAAAGUCAAGAGGAGAUGAAACAGCUUCGUGAAACAGUCGAGCAACAAAGCAAAACAAUCAAGAGAUUUAACAGAGUCUCUAUGAUGGCAGCUCAGGAGUAUGAAGGAAUGAAGGAGCAGCUUGAUUUGGAGCAGGACCUCAGAGUCAAAGCUGAGACGUACGCACACGAGAUGCUUGUUAAGCAGAAGGAGGCCAAUAGGCAGAGCAUGCUGCUGCUGCAGAGUGCUGAGCCCAGCGUUCAGCUGCUGAAAGCUCUGGAAGACAUCGCUGCUAUCACUAAAACCCUGGAGGAGGAGCGUCUGCAGCAUCAGCAGAAGGUGCAGAGUCUGGAGGUCCAGCUUCAGGAAAGCGGUGUGAAGAAACAGCUGCAAGACCUUCAGAGACAGCUGGAGCUGCUGGAGGUGGAGAAGAAGGAGGUGGAGGGACGUCUGGAGCAGACAGAUAGGAAGAAUGAGGAGCUGGAGAAAAGAGUCCAUGAGCUCCAGGAGGCCCAGAAAAAGACAACAGACAACACCAGCCUCCCUCCCCCAGAACCUGGGGUGGCGCCGCCUCCCGCACCUCCUCCACAGCCGCCUCCACCCCCUCCACCCCCACCACCUCCUCCGCCACCUCCACCCCCCUCCAGAUGCAACCCCCUCAGUUCUCUGAUUGCCAUCAUGAGGAAGUCAUCCAAAGGCUCCAAAGCAAAAGUGGAGCCAACUCCAGCUGCUGAAGGCGUGGACGAUGUCAAGGUGAAGGCGGUGAAUGAGAUGAUGGAGCGAAUCAAACACGGGGUAGUCCUGCGACCCGUCAAAAGUCAGGAGACUAAGAGAAUAGCAGUGAAACCUCCACCCUGUGAGGAGAAGCAGCAGGAAAGCGCCAUGGACGAACUAAAAUGCAUCCUGACGGUGAAGAGGAGUCCCAGCCGAGGCUCCCAAGAGUCUGGACCGUCUGGACCGUCACCACCGGCGAAGAAGGACAGCGAGCUGGAGGUCAUCCUGAGGCGCCGGCGCAACAAGGCUGGAGAGGCCGGAUCAGGAGAUGAACGUGAGGGCCAGAUGAGCCACGUCUCUUCUUUUGACAGCUUGAAUGGCAGACGCACCAGCAGCGAUUCGGGCAAAGAUUCAGAGGGAGCGAGCGGCCAGAGCGCCCCCUGUGAGGCGGCAGGAAUCGUCCGGGUCAGUCCAGACAGAAGGGGCUCCGGGCCGGGCCCCGCGGUGGCCCCAAGGAAGCGCUCUGACCUGGAGAGGAGGUCCUGCAGCUCUCUGUCUGAAAAGGAAAUGUCAGAGUCUCCGGUCAGCAAUGGCUGCAUCAGCAGCACUGAUGAGGAAAAUCAGAUGAAGUCGAACGGAGUUGACCACGAGGAGCCUGGCAACGGCGACCACGACGAGCACGUAAACAUUAGCGCUGACGCCGACUGCUGAGAUGAACUCUAGCGGGUUUCAUUCUGCGAUGUGAACAGAGAGAAGUCAGAGCAAUGAAACACAUUUGCCUUUUUACAAUUAUGGUAUCAAAUGCGCAUUGAAAAUGUUGUUUAUUUUUAUUUUUUGUCAUAUUUACACUAACCACAUACAAAAAAUAGGCAACUAACCGCAGUAAUAAAAACAAGCCACAGCUGGUCCAUUCAGGUGUUUUAGCUACAAGAUACUUCCAGAGUUUUCAUAAAUUGUUCUGAAAUAGACAUUCAUAACAGAGUCCAGGUUAAAAUGCUCAAGAAAGAAACCUAACUAACAAAGAUUAAUUCUUGAUUUACCUGGAGUCGGUAAAGAGCAGAGGAAUACUUGUUCAGCUGCUCAUGCAGUCAGUGAACCUGACUGAUUUGAGCCAGAGGAAGCUGCAGCCUUAUGAACCAAAGUCAUCUUCUACUAUCUGCAAAAACCUCAAUUGUAGCUUCUAUUUUAUCUCAUUUUGACGAGCAAACGAUGCUCUCGGUUAAACUUUAUGUCAUCAGAAAGAAUGCACCGUGUUGUUAGAUUUUUCUCACCUUGUGUGCAGCAUGGUGCAGUUUAGCAGCUCUGGUAGACGUGACACCUGUAGUACUGAAUUUCAGUGGAUUAAAGCGUCAAUUAAUCCUAUUAAUAAUUUUAUUUUUGCUUUUCCUGCCGCUACAUAUUUGUUUAGGGUUUAGCUACUUUUAUACAAUAAAAGUGUUUAAUUCUUACUGUGGUUUAGGAACUUACUGGAGUAAAAUUUUUAGGAUGCUUAAUAUCAGCUUUAUGUCCAUAUCCAACAUACAGAUAGAUAAAUUCCUACAAAGGCUGACUGAUAUAGAUGCUGAUAAAGAUAUACUUCCCUUCACAACUAUUGGCACCCCUGACAAAGAUAUGUGAAAAGCCUUAAAAUAUAUUCAGCUUUCAUUUCAGGAGCAUUAUCUCAUACAAAAAAGUAAAGAAAUUAAAAUCUACUACAUAAUUUGAGUAAAAUUAUUCAGGGGGCAGAAAAAUAUAUCAGGUGUAUAAAAUAAACUUUUUUGGUGAAAUCAGCAGUUCCACAUUUACUAUGUAAAAUGAGUAUAACUCAAGAUUUUGUUUUUAUAGUUUACUUUUUAUAUGACCUGGUUUUCCUAAAAACGUUCAUAAGUAAUCCAGACACUUCCGUUUUCUGAGAUUGAAAUAUUUCCCUUGGCUACCUGUCAAGAUGGAAAAGUCAAUAAAAACAUAGCAUUAAGUCUUCAUAUGUUGGAAAAUUCUUAGAAUAAAAUACUGAAGUUCCUAUCUAAGCUGGCCUUUACCAUCUUUAAGAGCAAUAAUUAAGAAGGAUAAUCAGGGUUAGAGAACUGCAACAAAAAGCAAGAAUAAUCAUUAAGUGCUGUUAAGUAGUUGUGAAUGAUGCCUUGGUAAAAAAAAAAAAAAAGUUUUCAGAAUGAUUUUUUUUGGGCACAAACACACCAGAUGGAGUUGGUGUGGAACAAGGAUGAACAUGGGGGAAAUCACCUCACACUGCUAAGUAAGCUUGAGAAUCACAGGGUCUGUGAUUCUGCGAGCCUGUUUCUCUUCUAACGUUCCUGCAAACAUUGCACAGCAUCAUUGGGUCUGUCCACAUAAUCUAAAGUUUAUGGCCAAAUCAGCACAUAAAUGGUUUGGCUGACACAUGACCAAACUUUUUUCAUGGUUAUCUCAACCCCCAGAGUUAAAUCCUAUGAAUCUAAGAGAGAUCAAAGAAAGGGAAACCUUAGAGAGAGCCCAAGACAAUCUGGAGAACUUGUCUCUGGACCAUUGAAUGGUCAAAGAUCACUCUCUCUUUAUGCUCCAAACUUUAGAAGAUUCUUUGUUUUGCAAAUAUCAGAAGGGAAUUGUACAACAUAUUAACAGGAGUGCCAAUAAUUGUGCUACUGGUGACUAAUAUAUAUAUAUUUCUUAAUGUUUUUUUUUUUCUGUACUGGCUAAAAGGUUUGUAGAGUUCUGUUUUAUUUUAAGCAGAUGUCAGCUUCUGACAGAAGCUUUGUAACACAUAAGCUGAGAUAUUUGAGUAAAUGUACAUUUUUAGUCAAGCUGCCUUCAGUUGUGUGACCCUUUAAGUGUGCAACCCCGACUGUUGUAUCGAUCCUGAAGUUCUUUUGUUAAUCCAAACCUGUUCCUGAGCGCAAACACCCAGGAAUAUGUUUUCACAACCAGGGUUCCUCUCUUCCACUUUUGCUGCUUCAGUUUCAGCUCCAGCGUGUCGACUAUCAGCCUGACAGGUGAGAGAAGUUUGUAAAGUGGAGACAUAAAAUUGAAUUUGAUUGACAUACAUCAGUAGGAGUAGAUGUAGCACAUUGAACAGGAACGUUCUCAGGAUCCAAAGGACAGAUCUUCACCAGGUCUGGGGAGUCGACGUUGAGGAAAACCAAUGGAAAGCCAUGUUUUCUGGUUAAAUGUGGAGUAGAAGUGCUUUGGAGGAAUGAGGUGCUUUUGUAUUUUUCUCUACCUCUCCACUGACACCUGCCUCUACACUGAAACAUUCUAGAAACAUCCGUUUGUAGCAUGAAAACUCGUAAGAUGCUGUCGUAGUUCCUGCACUGGAGAUCAGACGUCUUCCUGCUCUAAAUCAGCACUGAGCCCUGCAAUGCACAUAUUGUUAUGCUUAUUGUGCAUUCCUUGACUUUUCUUUUCUACUGUACAUUUACAGUUUUUUCUGAACACCUUUAUGCAAACUACGUGAGGCACCUUUGUAUGACGCUAUCACACACCUUGUCGUUCUUUCUUAACUCACAAACUCACAUUUUAAAGUGCAUCUUGUUCUGUUCGUUCGGUGUAUUUUACUCAUACAGAGGACCAGAACUGUAUGGUUCUGCUACAUAUACAGAGUUGGGUUUUCUGCGCAGUGAGGCCUUGCACAAAACCUCCGCAUAGCAGAAAAAUACAACCUGCAGCUGGGUAACAUUUUGCAUCCUCUGAAUGACUGCAUUUAAUAAUAAUGUGGCUACCUUAAGGGAUUUCCUGUAUGCCGUUGAGUAGGUAUUGUGUGCUAUUGGAAAUAUAAACGGAGUGUUGAAGGUUUUUUAACUUCAUGGGUUUUCAUUUUAGAAUCACUUGAAAUAAAAUGCAAUUUAAAGAAA